AUGGGCGAUUACACUGACGAUGUUCUUGUGCAUGAUGGUGAGGAGAUAAAUGGUGCAAUUGGAGUCAAGAAUUGUUUGCUUUUGAGCCGGAGAAUAUUCAAAAUUGUCUUUUUAGAGACUUUGCAUUUUGGAAAUUCAUUUGAGGCUAUUAUGAUGUUCAAUUUCUUGUUGAUGGUUGAUAUCUUACCACUGAAUGGAACUCUGUGGGAAUAUGUAAUUGUUUUGCUGAGGAAUGGCAGGGAUAAAGAAGGAGCAAGAAAUGAAUUGAAUGUUUUUUUGGGGGAUGACAGCGAUUCUUUUGUAUCUUGGCUGUGGGAUCACCUGGCUACAAAUAUGGAUUUGUAUGUACAACCUCAGGAGACAUGUACAGAUGAAGUGGCCAGAACAAAUCCCACACGGGGAGAACAUACCGUGGGGAGCGAAUCUCAUCAUAUGGAUUCUGAACUUGAAAAGGUGAAGCCUGAUAAUUUAUCUAGAGGCCGGCAUAAAAAAGAAUGGAAAGGUGUAGUGAGAGACGUGAACUACCCGACCCCUCUUCGAAGCUCCGUGGUUGAUACUAUUCAUCAGGAGGAAAAAACUCAUCGCAAAGUCAGUCGUGCAAGAAGAUCUCCGUCUCCCCAACCCACACAGCAGAAGAAAAGGAGUCGGCAUGAUGCAGGACAACAUGUGAAGCAGAGGGACGCAGUUUCUCAAGCAACCAGUGGUGCUCCUCGACGACUACUUCAGUUUGCAGUGAGAGAUGCUGUCGGAACUUUGAGACCAUCUGGCAUGGGAAAAGAACCCUCGCUGAAGCGUCUUCGCUCAGUGGUGUCUACAUCUACUGAAGACAUGUCAUUGUUUGAUCAUCCUAGGAGGCUCCAGUCAAUUGCAAGAGUUCCAAACCCAAUGGCUACUGUAUUAAAAGCUGUUCGAGAAGCUGCUGAAGAUGUAGUAAAAGUUAAAUCUGCAGGAAGUGUGUUUGACCGCCUUGGUCGUGAUAUGGAUGCAUCAUUGACCACUGAACCAGUCACACAAUUUCGAGAUGCUGCUGUCGAAGAUGGUGAAUAUGAAGAAUUUAAUGAAAUUAAGGAACAAACCCACUCAAACUAUCUUCAAAGAAGUGAGUAUUGUGGACAUGCAGGGGCUUUGAGUAUGAUGGGGCAUGAAGCUGGAUUGACUUUUGAUUCGAUGUCUGGCAAUGAAGGUUAUGAUGAUGCCAAUGUUGUGGAUCAUAGGGUUAUGGAUGUUUCUCAAACUGGCACAUUGUACAGUAGUAAGGGUGAGGAUUCACUCAUGUCAAAAUACAAUGUAGCUAAGGAUCAGGAUCAAUCUGUUUCAGCUGCAAACAUUUCUCGUAAGAUAGGAAGUAUUUCUGUGAAUGUAAAUACAUGGAGACCACCUCAUUAUCAAGAAUCCAGGGAUGCUGUAAUGGAUAAUCGGAAAUCGGUUCAGGAUAAUGAGGCGGAUGCUGGGAGAUUUGGUGCUAAGCGAACAAAGGAGGUUAGCAACCCUGUCUCAGUUGGUAAUGGAAAUGCAAAGCCUGCUGGUGAUAUUCAGCAAGAACCUCAGAAACCUCCAUCAUCUGCAUCCGGUUCAUAUGCUGCAGGUCGUCCCUUAGAGGAUGCUGAUUCUCGAACCAUUUUUGUUAACAAUGUUCAUUUUGCUGCGACUAAGGACAGUCUGUCUCGGCAUUUUAAUAAGUUUGGUGAAGUACUUAAAGUGGUUAUAGUAACUGAUGCUGCAACAGGGCAACCAACAGGGUCAGCUUAUGUGGAAUUUAUGCGCAAAGAGGCAGCAGACAAUGCAUUAUCUCUUGAUGGCACCUCGUUUAUGUCACGUAUUCUCAAGGUCACAAAGAGAAGUUCAUCCAACCAAGAAGCUAGUCCUCUUAUGACAUGGCCGCGAAUUGCCCGUGGCUCUCCAUAUGCUGCGGGUAGGUUUGCUAGGGUGUCUUUUCCAAGAGGCACUCCUGCUACAUUCAGGCCUCGCCUCCAUGUGAAACCGGGUGCAAGAAGUUUGCAGUGGAAGCGAGAUGCUCAGGUCCCACUGGCUGAGAGUAGUGCUGCAGUUUCUGGCAGCAUUGUUGUCUCCCCUCUGCCCGCAGCCUCACCUAUGUCCGAACAGAAACAAAACCAGAUGGGAAUUCUGGCACUCUCCACAUUAACCGACGAUAACACCAAAUCCAUUGCAACGGAUGGUUCAAAAAAAUUGCAUUUGGCUUUACCUCCACUUUUGCUUCGAGAUCCGAUUAUAUGA